UUGCUACGUUCACGGAUGAGACUGCUAUUUUGAAGGAACAGAAUAUUUAACAACCGGAAGUAUUUACGCCUUUAUCGUAAAUACAAUAGAAUAACUACAAUUGCAUUUUCAUGAACAUCGUGCUUCUGAAUUAGCAACCGGUUUUUUUGUAUAUAUCAUUCAUAUGUAGAAUUCGGCUGUUCAUCCUAACCAUUUGACGACGAGGAAAGACGACCAAGGCUAUGGCUACUGGAGUUGAUUUCAGGAGCCACGUUGACGCAUCGUGUAGGUAUUCAGAGGAGUUCACCAACAUCUAUUAUGACUGCAUGGACAAGAAAAGGAGGACCUUAACAAGGCUCUACCUGGACAAAGCGACCCUUGUUUGGAAUGGGAAUGCGGUUUCAGGUCAGGCUGCUCUUGGGGAGUUCUUUGAGUCACUUCCCUCCAAAUUAGCAACUCAGGGCCAGACAACACUGUUGGUGGUGACGGCAGGACAGGUGAAGUUUGACGGACACAAGCAACGCUAUUUCAACCAAAACUUCCUUCUGACGGCCCAAGCUUCACCCACGAGUGACCAGCCUGUCUGGAAGAUCGCAAGUGACUGCUUCCGCUUCCAGGACUGGAGUAGCUGAGGCCUCCUUGACACUUCUCAGGGUUAUAUUAUUUAGUGGCCACACAAGUUUCUUAUUGGAGAUUUGUUUUUUUUGGUGCCUAAAGAAUACAACCUAUAUUUAGAAUUUGUAUUUAAGUAGGAUGUAGCAGUCUUAUUGUUUGUAAAUCUUACUUACUUGCCUCCUUGUUUAAAAAAAAGUGUUACUAUGUUAGUAGCGUGUGCCUAAAAGUAUUUUUUGUAAUAAAAGAGUCUGAAGUACAAAACAAUUUUUAUUCACAACACUGUCACCCUUAGCAUGUGACUUCCAGACCAAGUUUCAUACAAAGAACUCUGAAACACAUUGGAUGACUUCAAAAUGUUCAUUAAAGACCAGCUUUUUGUCAUUGUGACAACAUAAAACAUCCUUUAUUUAAAAUAUUCAGGUAAAGAAUUUCUUACCCAUGUUUUAAUUCAGUUAAACUGAUUCACAUUACGAUUGUAAAGUUUGGUUCCUAUUUUGACUGGGAAUUACACUGGGGGCUAAGACAGCCUAUUGGACUGGAAUUUGCCCUAUUUGGAAUCAAGAUAUGGUGCACAUAAGGAUACAGUAUGAAAUAAAAAAUGGAAA